AUGAUCGUUUCGUACCUCCUCCAUUUCGCUCUUUACACCGUGGCAUAUGCCACCCAGGAGGUGUUGCGGCCUGUAACGGACCAAGAUAGCGAAUUUCGCAUUGUUCAGAGCCACCAUUCCCCAGAUCACUCAAUUCGAAUUAAGCAGCAAAACGAGUCCAUAUGUGCAGCUGGCUCGCCUCAGUACACCGGCUGGCUAGCUGUGGGUCACAAGCAUCUGUUCUUCUGGUACUUCGAGAGCCAGAAUGAUCCCUCCCAUGACCCAUUAACUUUGUGGAUGAGCGGAGGCCCCGGAGUCUCGAGUAUGGUUGGCCUGUUCCAAGAGAUUGGCCCCUGUCUCGUGGAUGAAUACGGCAACGGGACCUACCACAACCCCUGGGGGUGGUCCCGCUACUUAUCGCUCCUUUUCGUUGAUCAGCCUGUCGAUGUGGGCUUCUCAUACGUUGAUGGAGGACAUGAGCUGCCUCGUGACUCAAAAGAGGCAGCGGUUGACAUGCAUCGCUUUCUGCAGCUGUUUGUCUCUGAAGUGUUUCCUCACCUGCAGGAUCUUCCGGUCCAUGUUUCUGGGGAGUCAUUUGCGCCACAGGUGCGGCUCAAGUCGUGUUUGGUGGGCAAUGGCUUCAUGUCCCCGAGGGAUACAUUCUUCGGGUACUGGGAAACGCUCUGCACCACGAAUCCAGGUGUGGAAAAGCCCGUGUUCAACCAGACGCGCUGCGAUCUCAUCGCCUCGAACAUGCCUCGGUGCAUGGAAGUCAGUGCAGUGUGUGUCCAGAAUCCAGAUCCGGCUUUGUGUAGCGCUGCCCUCUCUGUCUGCUACGAGGGUGUAGUCGGGCUGUAUGAAGAUGAGUCCGGCAAAGGGGGCCGAAACAGGUUUGACAUCACGGCGCCCUGUGAAAUCGACGACAUGUGCUACAUCCAAGCUGUGCAUGUUGAACAGUAUCUCAACACGCCAGCAGUCUGGAACGCUCUGUCACCCCCCAAACAGAUUUCCGAAUACAAAAUGGUCUCGGAGGCAGUCAUUGACGCCUUUGCAAAAUCUUCAGACGGUAUGACAUCCACUUCCGAUCUGGUUGCCUUUCUCCUGGCGAACCAGGUCCAUUUCCUGGCGUAUCAGGGAAACCUUGAUCUCGCCUGCAAUACCGCCGGGAACCUCCGCUGGGCGCAUUCACUGGUCUGGAAGGGUCAGGCUGAGUUUGCGUCGAAGCCCCUACGUCCCUGGAGGUCGCCUGUUGCAGCGACAGGCCGGAAUGAGACGGUUGGUACCAUGAAGGAAGUUCGGGUUCGUGUGGGUAAUGCAGACACCGAGUCACGGUUUGCACUUGUCACUGUGGAUGGUGCUGGUCAUCUGCUCCCUCAAGAUCGACCGGAUGUAGCGCUCGACAUGAUGGUGCGGUGGAUCACUGGCGCACCUUUUGCCUGA